UGGUACAAAGCGUGAACAGAAAUCUGAGUCUGCCACAGAACAAAAUAUCGAGUUUUCGUGCACUUAAACAUCUUCUCCCUGCGCUCUUUACUGGUACAGUUUCAAACAAUGUGUUUUUAUAUAUUUGUGCGCGGCGGUGUUUAGUGACGGUCAUCAGAAGUGUUUGGUAACUUUUAAGGCGGAUUUUUUUUAUUAUUAUUAUUGUUUUUUGGAAAACAAAAAAGGCAACAGUUGCGUGGAUGCUGUACUUUUAAAGUUCUGCCUGACGUAAACAUGGAAUACUUCAGCACCACCAAGGCUUGUACAGGAAUUUGGACUGCUUCGUUAGUUUUUUACAUUGUCUGUGGAAUUCUGACAGCGGGUAUUGCUGAGAAAACUGAUAAACCAGCUGUUUUUCAGGACACUUCCCAUGCAUCUCGUAUCGGGCCACAUCACACUACUGAUGCCAGUCAACUGGCCACAACCAUCGAGUCACUGAUGGUGCCCAGAAAGGUCCCAAAAGUUCACCUUAAACAAGAGGAUAUCGAAAGGCUGAAAUUCAAGCCCACUGUGCGAAGCAUCCAUCUCUCUGAGGGGAUGGAAGUAAACUUUAAUUGUUCCAUCGAUCUCCAUGAUGCUUCCUUGGAUCUUUACAUCCAGUGGUGGAAGGAUGGGCAGGAGCUGGUCGUCAGCCAGCAAACCAAGCUAAAUUACCUGCAAGCAACAGACAAAGGGGUGUCAACCACACUGUCAACUUUGAGCAUUAAGAACGUCCAGCGUACAGACGGUGGGGAGUACCGAUGCAGACUAAGCGUCAGCAAUACACUUAUAGAGUCUGAUCCUAUCCUGAUCAAAGUCGAAGGGCUCCCAGCAUUUAUCAAGGAACCAGAGUCCCAGAAUGUCACCAGGAACACCCCGUUUAACCUCACUUGCGAGGCAGUUGGUCCUCCUGAACCAGUAACCAUCAUCUGGCUUCGCAACAACGUGAGGAUCGAGCACAAUAUCUCUACAUCUCUCUCAUACCUGCCCGUGGAAGGUAUAAACAAGCCUGUGAAGUAUAGUUGUGAAGCCCAUAAUAAUAAGGGAGUCUCUACAUCCAAUGAAGCUCACAUUAAUGUUAAAGAGGCUCCUUCCCCUCCGGCUGAGCUGUACAUUACUAACCGAUCAGCUCACAGCACAUCUCUGAUGUGGAUUCCUGGACAUGAUGGUUUCUCUCCUCUCAGAGUCUGCCAGAUUUCUGUAAUACAGACUGCGAUGGACAAAGCCAACAAUGCUAAUUCCCUUAGACGUUUCAACGUCACAGUGCCACCUUAUCAAAAUGAGAUCACUCUGCUAAAAGCUAUGACAUCAUACAACAUAAGCAUAUCCUGUAUGAAUGAAAUUGGAUGGUCUGGGCCCAGCUACUGGAUACAAACUAAUACCACUGAAGGAGUCCCUUCUGCAGCCCCAGGGAGUGUUUCAGUUGCUCUUAACGGGUCCAGUCUGGUAGUGAAAUGGGAGAGCCCCGCAGAGGAGCAGAUGAAUGGCAUUCUGAGUGAAUAUGAAGUGCUCAUCAGUGAGGAGGGACGUGACCACCCUCUGAUCUUCAAGGAACUUGAGAACAUAGCUCGAAUCCCCUUACACAAGUUACAAGCUUCUAACGUAACCUACAGAGUUCAAGUGGCAGCCGUCACCAAAGCUGGAAGAGGUCUUCUGAGUAAAGCAGUAGGGGUGUUUGUACCUGGAACUGGUAUAACAUUUGCUCCAUCCUCUACCCCUGUGACCCGAAGCCCGGAUUCUUUCUAUAUCGUCAUGGGGACCUUGUGCUUCGUCAUUGUAAUGACACUCCUCGUGUGUAUAUUUGUGACCGUCAGGAAAAGAAUAAUGGAGACCCGGUUUGGGUAUGCUUUCAGUGUGGGUGAGGAAAUGCUACCUGCUGUACAGUACAGAGCCAAUAACACCUUCAACAGGAAACCGAUUGAAGUUACAUUAAGCAAUUUGGGAAUAAGUAAAGCCCUGCAGGCCAAACUACAAGAUGUAAUGAUUGAUAAGAAGUUACUUUCAAUUGGAAAAGUACUUGGAGAAGGAGAGUUUGGUUCAGUGAUGGAAGGCCAUCUGAAGCAGGCAGAUGGAAGUAGCCAGAAAGUCGCAGUGAAAACCAUGAAAUUGGAUAACUUCUCUCAGAGAGAGAUUGAAGAAUUCCUCAGUGAAGCAGCAUGCAUGAAGGACUUCUGUCACCCCAACGUCAUCAAACUUCUCGGUGUGUGCUUAGAAAUUAGUUCCAGGGAGAAUUUCCCCAAGCCCAUGGUGAUUUUACCCUUUAUGAAAUAUGGCGAUCUUCAUAGCUUUCUACUUUACUCCAGACUCAAUGAAAGCCCACAAUUCUUGCCGCUGCAGACCCUGUUGAGGUUUAUGAUAGACAUUGCAUUGGGAAUGGAAUACCUCAGCAGCAAGAAUUUCCUUCACCGGGAUUUAGCAGCAAGGAACUGCAUGUUACGCAAUGAUAUGACUGUCUGUGUAGCAGACUUCGGAUUAUCAAAGAAGAUUUACAGUGGAGAUUAUUAUAGACAAGGAAGGAUAGCAAAGAUGCCUGUCAAAUGGAUUGCCAUCGAAAGUCUGGCAGACCGAGUCUUCACUAUCUUCUCACUACACCAUGAUUUGUGGGCUUUUGGCGUUACAAUGUGGGAAAUAGCCACACGAGGCAUGAGUCCUUAUCCAGGUGUUCAGAAUCAUGAAAUCUACGACUACCUCCUUCAAGGGCACCGGCUAAAACAGCCUGCAGAUUGCCUGGAUGAGCUGUAUGACAUUAUGUACUACUGCUGGAGAAGCGAUCCUGCAGACCGGCCUGGAUUCCUGGAGGUCAGGAUGCGACUCGAGAAGCUGGCAGAGAGGUUACCCGAGGUGUCCAGCAAGGAGGACAUCAUCUACAUCAACACCAGCCUGCCUGAGGAGAGCGAGGGGCUGGAACACUGGACAGAUGUGCAUACAGACCCCCAACACAUUCUGGAGCCCUGCUCACAGGCAGCUGGGGCAGACAGGUCUGUCGUAACGGUAGAAAUCCACAAAUCCACGGACAGAGACGACAGCUACAUUUUUGUUAUUGGAUCCGAGGAGCCGGCUUCAGGAGAUGUAAAAAUGCCAUUGCUAGUUAACGGGGACUCCCAGCAUCCCAGCAAUGGAAUAGCCUGUGAUAUGCCAUAUGCAGACCAGUCUUCAGAGGAUUCUGUUAUCUUGCUAUAAGGAAAACUGGAGCGUCUUUGACGCAUUUAAACAUGCCCUGACUUGGACAUGUUAUUCUGUGACUGACUGCAUUUGUUGUUGUUUUGUUGUUUGUUCAUUAACUGCUGUAGUGUGAUGUCGAUAGAUUUUGUGACCUGUCACCAUUUUUGGUAAACCAACAGGUGUUAUUAAUAUGUGCUGUUGAAAUACUGCAUAAUCCUGCCCGGGGAUUGUUCAUAGCUAAGAUUCCUAGGUUUCCUUUCUUUUUUUUUUUACUGUUUACACCGGGCAUUGGAAAGCACUAGUCUCAUCUCAUCUUGACACAGUACACCGUGUCUGCUCUCAGAAUAUUCAUGAGCAAUCAAAUAAAUCAGAGACAGUCGGUAUACUCUAUACAUAUAACUUCAUUUCCCUUACUUGUUUGGAGCACUGUGUUACUGUAGAUGUAUACAAUAUUUGAUUCCAUGAAGGUUUAUUUUUAAAGACCUCUCCAGUAUAAACAUUUUAUUGUAAUGUCACGUAUUCAUAUCUGGAGGUAUUUAUUUAUUUUAAAGAAAUGUUCUUACCUAUAAAUGGCCAGAGUGGCAAUAUUUUACAAUCCCCCAUUGAGUUGUGGUACAGUACAUCUAAACUCCUUGCAAACACAUCACGCUGAUAGUGCUGUGACGAGUAUUUACAUUUUUAGUCAAAUUCUUGCAUUACUGCUGAUUUGCACUUCUGAAAAACAGUAAACUUUCAAUUGAGAUUCAUGCCAAAAAAGUUUUGCUAAACUAAACCAUGACUUGUUUAAUUUGCUUUUUGAAGUGGUUCUGUUAUUAUGAAAUUAUUUAAAUGAAGGAUACUAAUAACAAUGUAUGUAUUCAAUAAAUUAC